GAUUCAAAUAAGCACCACAAACUUCUCUUGUUAAUUACUGUUCCUAGUUUCUUAUUUCUAUUUGUUGUAUUUGCUUUGCUAAUUCUGUGGAAGAAAUGUACGAGAAAUGAUGCAAGUAUUGAAGAAGGUGGAUUCUCUAUUUGGAACUUCAAUGGAGAAAAUGCAUACAAUGGCAUCAUUCAAGCAACAGAGAAUUUUGAUGCCAAGUACUGCAUUGGCACUGGAGCAUUUUCUAAUGUUUACAAAGCAUUAUUGCGCGGCAAGUUGGUAGCUGUGAAGAAAUUUCAUCCAUUAGAAAUUGAAGACUCGCCAAGCAAGCAAACUUUUUGGAAUGAAAUACGGGCACUGACCCAGAUCCAACAUCGGAAUAUUGUGAAGCUUUAUGGUUUUUUGCUCCAAUGGUCGACAUAAAUUUCUUGUUUGUGAAUACAUGGAGAGAGGAAGCUUGGCAAAUAUUCUCCGAAGUGAAGGUGCCGCUGAAUUGGAUUGGUCUAAGAGAGUGGAUGCUGUAAAACAUAUUGCUCAUGCUCUAUCAUACAUGCACCAUGAUUGUGCUCCGCCAUUAGUGCACCGAGACAUAACAAGCAAAAAUAUUCUACUUGAUUCAGAAUACAAGGCUUGUAUUUCGGACUUCGGUAUUGCUAGACUUCUAAAGCCUGAUUCAUCAAACUGGAGUAUCCUUGCAGGCACACGAGGAUAUUUGGCCCCAGAGCUUGCAUACACAAUGAGGGUUACUGAGAAAUGUGAUGUAUAUAGUUUUGGAGUAGUUGCACUUGAGAUUGUAAUGGGAAAGCAUCCAGGAGAUCUCAUCUCUACUUUAUCUUCUACGAUCAGUGAAAACACCUCUCUGAAAGAUAUAUUAGACCCGCGACUACCACCUCUGACAACUCAAGCUGCAAAUGAGUUAGUUGCAAUAGUUAUGACAGUAUUUCAGUGUUUAGAUAACAACCCGCAUUCUCGUCCGAGAUGCGAAAUGUAUCUCAACAGCUAUCUACCAUCGGCUGGGGCGGCUCAAUACAUUCUGGGGCCU